AUGGCGGCCCCCAGAGGGCGCCGCGAGCGUUGCGGUUGGUGAAUUGAAGGUAGCGGCGGUGAGAGCGGGUGGACUCGGCGGCCUGGUCCUCCCGGAGCGCGUUUGGGCGUUUCGGCGGCAGGGAGCACGGUGCGUGGCCUGGGCCAGGCGGGCAGGUUCUGGCGCCCGGGAGCCCCUGCUUUCAGCUCACGUGGGGCUGCGGAAGGCCCGUGGGCAGGAGGGCGCGGCGCGCCAUGGUGACAGAGCAGGAAGUGGAGGCCAUCGGCCGGACGCUGGCGGACCCCCAGCAGCCCCUGCAGGCCCGCUUCCGGGCGCUCUUCACCCUCCGCGGGCUCGGGGGUCCCGGAGCCGUCGCCUGGAUCAGCCGGGCCUUUGGCGACGACUCCGCCCUGCUCAAGCAUGAGCUGGCAUACUGCCUGGGCCAGAUGCAGGACCCCCGGGCCAUCCCCGUGCUGCUGGACGUGCUGCGGGACACCCGACAGGAGCCCAUGGUGCGCCACGAGGCCGGCGAGGCCCUGGGGGCCAUCGGGAACCCCGACGUUCUGGAGGUCCUGAAGCAGUACUCCUCCGACCCUGUCAUCGAGGUGGCGGAGACGUGCCAGCUGGCCGUCCGGCGGCUGGAGUGGCUGCAGCAGCACGGCGGGCAGCCGGCGGCCGCAGGGCCCUACCUGUCCGUGGACCCCGCUCCUCCCGCCGAGGAACGCGACGUGGGGCGGCUGCGGGAGGUGCUGCUGGACGAGGCCCGGCCCCUCUUCGACCGCUACCGAGCCAUGUUCGCCCUGCGGGAUGCCGGCGGCGAGGAGGCCGCCUUGGCGCUGGCCGAGGGCCUGCAGUGCGGCAGCGCCCUCUUCCGCCACGAGAUCGGCUACGUCCUGGGCCAGCUGCAGCACGAGGCAGCCGUGCCCCAGCUGACGGCGACCCUGGCCCAGCGGGCCGAGAACCCCAUGGUGCGGCAUGAGUGCGCCGAGGCCCUGGGAGCCAUCGCCCGGCCCGCCUGUCUGGCCGCCCUGCGGGCCCACGUGGCCGACCCGGAGCGCGUGGUGCGGGAGAGCUGCGAGGUGGCCCUGGACAUGUACGAGUAUGAGACCGGGUCAGCCUUCCAGUACGCCGACGGGCUGGAGCAGCUGCGGGCAGCCCCCUCCUAGAGCCGCCCGCCUGCCCUGCGGGGCUCGGCACGUGAGCUUGCGCGACUGCGUCCGGCUUCCCGUCCCCCCAGCUGUCUGCUUGGCCCGAUCUGGCUGCUUUUGCAUCCUGACUCCCCCAAGGCCAGCCUGAGGUGUCCCGUGUCCCCCAUGGAGGGGGGCCUGGCACAGGGCUGCACACCCAGGUUUCUGGUUAUAGGGUUGGGGUGUCGCCAUGGGAGCAGGAGUCUGAGGGGGUGUUGGGAUUAGGGUUGCCCUUACCCAGCCUCUCGAGGAUCCGGGUGCCCUGAAAGGCGCUGUGGGCAAACCCAACCCCACUGGGCCUGGGCAGAGGUUGGGGCUUCCAAGGGUUGCCCCUGGGGCCUCUGACUCCCCUCUGGGACUAGGCAGGGUAGGGAGGUUGUUAGGGGCUCGGGGGCUGGGGAGGGACAAGCAGACCCCAGGGUCCAAAUGAACUAUUAAAUUAUUUUGGCCAAGGCGUGACUCUCAGAAAAUGUGGGGGGCUCUGUAGCAGGCUCAUGUCAAGGACCGUCUCGGGGAGGGGGUUGGGGUGUUCACAGAGCUCCAGGCCCAUGCUCUGGUUUCCUCUCCAGCCAGCUCACUCCCCCGGGGGCUGGGGGAAACAGCCCCCAGCCUGGCCUUCCCCCCUCCCUCAUUCUCACCCAGCCCUGUGGGGGUUUCGUGGUAUGGCUAAGAGCCCAGGCGUCGGUCCCCAUCCCGGCUACCUGCCUCAUUGUCCAGUGCGACGUGGAACACCCAGUUUUACGGUCAUAAAAUGGGCGUGACCAUAGAGCCUAAGCUCACGUGGGACACAUUCACCUGCUGCUGUCUGCCGGCCGGCGACAUCCCUGAUGGGUCACACGAGGGCGUAGGUGCCCAGAGCAGGGGUCCUUGGGCACCAUGAUCCUGAGCUGGGUCCGCCACACCGAGCCUUGUGCCCCCGGCCCUUCUGACACCAGGCGCACGGGGUCUCCGUGGGUGUCCUGCAGUUCGACGCAGUUCUGCCGCUCACUGCCCGAAUUCAUGCAGACCCCCCGGGUCCCUUCCCCACCGGCGAUUUGCUGGCGCAGCUCCCAGAGCGCAGGAAGGCCCUUGACUUGCUCGCUCCAUAGAAAAAAUGUCACAAGCAGCUAGACGAAGUGUCCUGGGUCCGGGGGCUUCCUCCCGCGGAGGCUGGGGCACAGCCCCUCCGCUACUGGGUGCGCUCACCCACCCGCAGCUUUCUGAACCCCUCAGGGGUUUUAUGGAGGCUCCGUGUGCCACAAGGUUGAUUCAGCCGGUGGCCGUUGGCGAUUCCCUCUCCUCCAGGGUCAAGGAUGUGGCCGGAAGUGCCUCCACUGCUAGCCCCAUCCUAAAGCCACCAGGGAGCCCACGGCCCCGGCCUGGUUGGCGAGUGCAGGUGCCGUGGGAAGGCCUUCCUCUGGCCCUUGCCUCUCCGGAAGUUACAGGCUUUUUUAAAACUUCAUUUUUAUUUAUUUUAGAGAGAGUCGGGGGGAGAGGCAGAGAGAGAGCCCCAAGCCGACUUCGUGCUGGGCACUUAGUCGAUCCUGCGACCCCAAGUUCACGACCUGAGCUGAAGCCAGGAGUCAGUCACCCAACCGACUGAGCUACCCAGGCUCCCCGGGGAAGUUACAGACUUUUAAAAGGGGCUGGAGCCCAGGGCCUGGGACACACAUUCCGCACUACCUCAGUGUCCCGGGCACCUUGCCCACGGGCGCACCAACCACCCUCCCUGCUCUCAUCAGAUGUACCUGUGCCCAGCGCAAAGACCAGUAGGAAUUUCUUAAAAACAAGGGAAAAUGAACCGACAGCCUUCCUGACCUCAUGGCAUCGCCAGGUUCUCCUGCCCACUUUCUGCUUCUCUCCAGCAAGAGGCCCAGAAGACUCAAACCCUGACUGCCACCCAUGGCUCGCCUCCCCCACUGCUGCAGGAGGCUCUGCUCUCCUGUCCCCAGACCUGUCACAGUCUCUUUCUCCUCCCCCUCACCGUGGGGUCUCCUCUGGCCAGCCCCCAGCCUCCUGGGAGCUCCUCAGGGACCAGGCUCCUCUGCCACCCCUCCCCCAUGCCCAGGCUGGGCCCUGGAGCCUCAUCCCUCCCUCCCCCC